CGAGUGCGCGCUCAAGUUGAACACAUAUAUUUCUUGAAGGCACGACAAACGAGUUCAGGCCUGGCUCAAAAAGCCCACUCAAAUCUGAGCUGGAGUGUUUCUACAGAGUGGAGCGAGUCUUGUGGUUUCUGAGUAGACCGCCAAGUAUUCGUGUUCGUAUUCAACAACAAUUGCAGUCAGUUGAGGUUGAAGCGUCUGGUUGAAUGGUUGUUGUACUUGUCUGGAGAUCAGAAAAGCCCAAGAAUUACUACAGACCGUAAUAAUAAAAGUGAAUCAAGAAGUCGUAUUAUUAGUAUUAUCCCAUUUGUGUUGUGUUGCCAUAUUCGUGUGCUCCAUUGUCCCAGGAAAAGUCACAAAAAAAAGAGAAAAACAUCUGAAGCGAUUGCAACUGCAACUGCAAGCAACGUCAACUGUGCAACUUCAACUGUGAAGCUUUUACCCGCCCGCUAUUUUGGCGGCCUAUUGGGCAAUCGCCUCCUCGCAUGCGACUCAACUGCUUUAUAGGCCAUGCAAAUUCGCGGCAAUCUCCGGCUUUGAUGUUGCUCCAUUUACUAGCAUUUUCCUAUUACCAACUGGGAAAAGUAAACAACCGAAACACGUGUGCAACGGCUGCGGCAACGGCAGCGGCAAUUGCCAAUGAAAACGAAUUAAUUGUAAUUGCUUCUUAAGGCGAAAAGUAGUAAGUCGUUAAAACGCUCAACCGCACGCGGUUUUUGUAGCCUUGUCGAUCGGUUUCAAGUGCAUGAAAGUAAGUGCAAGUGCUUACCGAGCAAACAAACAAACAUACAAACAAACAAACAUUGCAAAAGGUCAACACAUAAAUCAAACUGAAGCAGUGGGAGUCGGAAAAAGAAAAAGGAAUCGCAUGCCGCCGAUAAAACAAAAGGAGUAAAAAUAACAUUUACCAGCUGCAGACACAGAAGCAACAUGUUGCCGAGAAUAACUUUUGUGUUCAUCAUCAUUUGUGGAUAUUUAUUAUUUACUGACUGCCAUGAAACGGUUCGUUCUAAACGAGCCAAGCGCCCACGAGCUCCGGAACCAGUUAAUUUUGAGCCGGAACCGCAGCAGGAUCUGGAGAAUGAUGAGAACGGCAGCCAGGAGAAGGAUCUCCCAGAGAUACCGGACAACUUCCUUAGCCCCUCGGUUCGCGAGUACCUAGAGCUGGGAAAAUCCAUUCCCGGUCGUCCUGGCGUAGACUAUCCCAUUCUGUCGGCGGUGCCGUACACCAAUUUUUACUGCGACGAGCAGGAGUAUCCUGGGUUCUUUGCCGACAUGGAGACAAGGUGUCAGGGUUGGCACUACUGCGACAUCGAUGGACGACAGGCCACGUUCCUCUGCCCAAAUGGCACCCAGUUCUCACAGGCGGUCUUUGUCUGCGACUGGUGGUUCAAUGUCCGCUGCGAUCUCUCACCCCGGCUGUACGCCAUCAAUGCCCGGCUCUAUCAGCGCCCCAAGGUGAAUCCCACUCGGCCACAUCGCAUCAUCACCAAGCAACUCGUCGAGGACAUCUUCACCUGAGCCCCGAGUGGUCCUCCCAUUAAUAAAUGUAGCCUAAGUUUGCAGAUGCCUAUUAGCUAACACAUUACUAUUUGCUUUUCUUAUGCUGUAAAUUCGAACUUAGAAUCAAAUGGUUGAGACCACUUUUCGAACAAGUUAAUGCGCUAUAGUCUUAGGUCGGAUGAUUUGUACAGACUUCUUUCUUGCUUUAAAGACUUUGAUAUAUUUCCAAUAGUUUUAAAGACUUGUAAGAAACCUUUAAUACAAUGCAUUUGUGUGUUCUAUUUUAAAAAUAUUUAUUUUUGAAAUACCUUUUACCAGCUCUACGGGAAACAUUCAUGUUAGAGGUAUCACUUUAAGCUAUAAUAAAAAAUAAAAGGUAUGAUAAAAAUUAUUUGGUGUUGAAGAAGUUUGUUGAAUACUUUCGAUUAACUUUUCCAUGCAA